AUUUGUGCCGUUUUCUUCCCGCUACGACGAACAGUGCGAUGGCCGAUACCAGGAUAGCCGACUACGGCAGCGACGACGACGUCUGUCUGCGUGGCCGCGAUGAGUCUCCUCUGACCUUUGAGGCCCUGUCAUCGUCGGAACCUGCCAACCACUUAGAGGACUUUGGCGACGACGACGUCGACAUGCUCAUCACGCAGAGGCGCAAAGAGUUGUACCAGAUCAAAGUGCGCAAGCUAAAGUCCCGCGAGAACCUCAGUGGCAAUGGACUAAACUUGGGCGACUUGGACUUGCCGUCCAUGGACGCCUCCCCGUCGAAAGGUGCCCAGUCUGCGUCGUCGUCGUCGUAUACCACUCCAACCAAAGCGUCGCUCACAGAAAUCGCCCACCGAGUCGCAUCUAACGAGAAGCAACUACGAUCCGACCGCAUGCGACUGACAGAACUCGUGUCUAACGAUGUGCACUACCACCAAUCUCGUACCGAGUCCACAUCGCGUAGCAGCAGCCGACGGACCAGCCCGCGAACAACGCCAAGUCCAAAUCACCAAAAGCAGCUGCUCAGCCAAAAGGCGAUCCACAAGUGGCAUCCCGACUCAAAGCGCACACAGAUCGUCAACCAGGACACGCCGCUCGACAUCGCGCUGAGCUCGUCCGAGUACGACGGGCACAUUGGGUUUGCUCCAACGGAAGAAGAGUUCGCCGUCACGAAUUCCGCGACACGGCGCUUAAAGGCGCUAGCGAUGGAGCUCGACUCAGACAACCACGAAGACGAAGCGGAGAUUGUCGUGCAACAAGUGCUCGACUUUGGCAAGUAUUUGGGUGAGGAGCAGGCCAAGGGGUAUUUCGCUGGGGACGAUGCUGGCGGGAGUGUUUUCCACGAUCUCCAGCGAAAGAUGGACGACAUGACGCAGCAUUUGGAGCGUCUACAAGAGGAAAAACGCCUUCUAGAACGGCAGCAGCAGGAGUCGGACCGGAAUGCCACCGACAUGUCAUCGUCCUUGCGUAUGCUGAGCGCCCAAGUGUCGCAGUUUGUAAAUGGCGGCAACGGAUCGGGCGCGUUGAAUCCGAGGGAUCUCCAGUCGUCGAGCAGUCACUACAAGGAAGACCUGAUGGACGAACUCAAGAUGCAACGAAAGCUGAUGGGCGACCUCGAGGUCGAGAUCAGCCGAUGGCGGCACGACGCCGAUAUGCUCGAGCAGGCGCGGGUCGUCGAGCACCAGGAGCACAAGGCCCACGUCCUACAGAUCGUGUCGAGCAAUCGAGUGCUGGAGGAAAAGGUCGAACUCCAGCGGGACGCUGUCAAGACCCUGCAAGAAGAUGCGCGAGGGUGGCAGCACAAGCUCGACACGGUGUGGGAUCGCAUCCUUCUCGUGGAGAGCCGAGUCCUGGACCUCGACAAAGAGCUCGCUGCGACGCCGCGCCCACGCAGUCUUUUGACGAUCUUGGUGGUUUUGCUCGUGGUCCUUGCUGUCGGGCAUGCCGUGAUCGACUCCCCUGCGACAGAGGAGGCAGUCGUGUUUGUGUGUGCAGCCCUCGGCUACACGUGCCACAUUCCCCUGUCCUAGAGCUGUCCUUGUAGCGUCAAAAUGCAGUCUUGUCGACCAUGUCUCUCGAUCGAUCGUUGCUUGUUCACGUUAGCUACGCCUGGAAACCUACAGCGCUAUUGCUUUUCCUUCACCGUAAACACCUUAAUCUUUAAGAUCGUUGUCAUGUCCACCACAACGAAGAACACCAUGUGCGCGUACACGGCAACGACGA